AUGUUCGCUGUCCGUAUCGUCACGGCGGACUAUUAUCUGGCCUCUCCGGUGAAGGACCUGGACGUGUGUUAUUCUGAGUUCCGUGAGAGCGACGUGAGGAGGGUUCCGGUGGUUCGUGUGUUCGGAGCCACCGCCGCAGGUCAGAAGACUUGCCUUCACCUACACGGCAUCUUCCCGUACAUCUAUGUUCCAUACGAUGGCCCUGAGCAGCAGUCGGAGCGAUACCUGCGACAGCUGGCGUUCAGCAUCGACAGAGCCCUGAAUGUGACCAUGGGGAACCCGGCCUCCAGCUCUCAGCAUGUCUUCAAAGUAGUGCUGGUCUCUGGAAUGCCUUUCUAUGGAUACCAUGCCAAGGAGAAGUACUUUCUGAAAAUAUAUCUGUACAAUCCUCAGCUGGUGAAACGGGUGUGCGAGCUGCUGCAGAGUGGUGCGGUCAUGAAUAAGACGUAUCAACCACACGAGGGUCACAUCCCAUACCUGCUGCAGCUCUUCAUAGACUACAACCUGUACGGCAUGAACCUGAUCAACCUGGGGGCCGUCAAGUUCCGUGUCAGCAAAGAUGCAGCACAGUCGGGUGAUCACAAUCCCACCAGUGUCAGCCCCUGCACCUCCAGACUGAAUGACAGCCUGACAGGCCGCUGGGACGAGGCCACCCUGCCUUGCUCCUUGGUCCUGCCUGGGCUGGAGAAGCAGAGCACCUGUGAGCUGGAGGUGGACGCAGUGGCUGUGGAUGUCCUCAAUCGCCUCGAGAUCGACAACCAGAUAGGCAGAAACCCGGGACUACAGGCCAUUUGGGAAGACGAGAGGCAGCGGCGGAGAGAACAGAACCAGCCCUCACAGAUCGAGACUCCUCACUCACAAGAUCGUGGAUUGGUCACUUCAACAGACUGUGAGAGAAUUUUCCUCCAGAGGCUGAGGGAGAUUUUGAAGGAGAAUGACUUUGAUAUAACGCAGCAGUCAGAGUCAGAGCAAGAAGACUUUGAGCUCACCAUCCACUCGGAGACUUCAGAGUUGCUUCCCUGCACACCUGCCAACGUGCUGGAGGCUCACCAGGACUCCCAGCCAGACGCCACCAGGAGCCGCGGUUUGCUUCCGGAGGAGGCUGUUGUGGACGAAGAAGCCAUCUUGAAUCUGCUUGAAAACAGUCAGGACUUCUUUCAGUUCACCCAGACCUCAAACCACUCCGGCCAAAUGCCUGGUGACAGCUGCCAGGAUCGUGCCAUCAUGAACCUGUUGGGAGGCCUGGAGGAUGACGGCGGCUGCAGGACUCAGCAGUGCUCUCCUCCAGAGGCCUUCUCUGGCCUCAGGAGUUAUCAGUGCAACAGUGAUGAAGAGGAGGAGGAGCCAGAUGUGGACAAGGAGGACGCCGAGCUCAGUGCCCUCAUGUCCCAGUGUUGGGACAGCCCGUCGUCCGAUCUGUUUCAUCGUCCAAGUGUGACCAGAGAGGAGCCGCAGGAAGCAUCCGACAGUGAAAUGGAGUGGGGCAGAAGCAACUCUGAGCUCGCCGACCUCCUCAUCCCUCAAGUAGAUGGAACGGCCGACGAGAACAGUGAUUCAUCUCUGACGGACAGCAGCUCCAGGAGCCAGUCAUCGCUCACAGAAAGGAUGCAAAGCAAAAGGAAUAAGUUUCUUUUGGAGCACAAAACCUCUCCGCUGCAGGACACUGAGCCUCCUCUCAACUUUGAACCGACGGACGCCACAAACACAAGCGCCGACCUGUCUGUGGUUAACAAAGACAGACGCUACAUUCUCCCAGUCAAACAUCCCGUCCCUUCAAAGUCGGCUAAAGCUGUCGCAGCCUCCAGCAACAGUUUGAGUCAAGAUGGCAAAGGACUGCUCCUCAAAAACGCUUCUGUUACUUUGGACAAGACUGACCUCAAACUUGUUCCUUUUGGCCCCAGAAACGCUGCGAUGAAGAGUCAUGUUUACGGAAGUCUUAAGAAUGUGGAGUCAAACUGUCACAAGAAAUUAUUUUGUUAUUCUGGUUUGAGAAACUGUUCAACUAAAGGAGAUGUUGAGAUGAAUCGGAAGGAAAGCAACCUAAACAUUACAGUCCAUUCCACUAUGAUGGAGAACCCUGCACACCAGAGCGAGGAGGGCCACGUGGGCGAGCUGAAGAUUUGCUACGAAGACUAUUGCGAGAACAAGACCGACCAGACCAUAGUGGCGCAACAAGAAGCUCAUUAUAAGUUUUUCCCGAGCGUCAUUCUCUCAAACUGCCUCACUCGGAAGAAAUCGGGGGGAAAAAAGAUUCUUGAUCCUUGCAACAAAAUAGAAGACGCACAUCCAAGGAGGUCACGAUUGAAACUCAACAAAAAGAGUUUAUCUGUGGACCCAACAGAGACUUCCCAGGAGAGCGUGGGUGAUGUGGCUGGAGUCCACACCGAAAGCACAGAAGUUCCGGUGGAUUCAAGCCCAUGUCAUGUGGCAGAUGAUCAAGAAAAUGAAACGGAAGGCAAAUGUCCAGCUACAACAGAGGCAGUCGCCAAAGGGGAAGAAUCUGAGGAGAUAGUUGAAGAGAUUGCAACUACAGUAGAAUCGAUAGAAACAGUAGAACCUCUCUCAAGUACCCCCAGCUGUUCUGAACAGUCCAAUACCCCAGUAGAUAGUUCUGUAAUAAGUAUUGCACUACCGGCCAGUAAGUAUGCUUUAAGAACUAAACGUAAAGCAAAGCAUUAUGCUGAGGAGGGGGAAAUGCCAUCUGUAGGCCGGGGGAAAAGUCUCCUGUCUCGAUCCCAAAGUCCCAAAGACGAUGGUGCGUCACAACAAGACCAGAAAGGCAAAAAGCGCAGUAAGAAAGAUCCUCCUGUCAUUGUGAAGUACAUCAUUAUAAACCGGUUUAAAGGAGAGAAGAAUAUGUUGGUUAAAGUAUCCAAGAUCAAAACAGAGGAGCAGGAAGUCUCCUUAACGCAAGAUAAGUUAGCGCUGUACGACAGGCUGGCACCUCUCAAAGACUUCUGGCCCAAAGUCCCCGAGUCCCCAGCUUUGCGUUUUCCGAUUCCUGAAACGAAACCAAGGAGAUAUAUUAAACGAAAAGGCAAACCUGGCAGAAAACCAUCAGCGAAGCCGCCGGAAAGGUUCAGUCUCCCCUCACUGCCCACUCCUCGCCCCUGCUACUGCGAGCUCACCCAGGAUCGCGACUCGCACUAUUCGGAUGUCAUGGUUGAGCUGGGCUACCUCUCCGAUAUUUCCCUGAGCCCGAGAGACUCUACGCCUCCGAGAUGUUGGUCCCCCAGUGAUCCGCUCAUGUCGGAAAGCCCCAUUCCUGAGCAUCUGAUCAACCCCCUCAGUGACCCAUGUCUCAGUUCAGCUUCUGUGUACUCCUCCGAAACCCUUCAGACAAAGAGUUCAACUGUCAAAGCCACAAAUACCUCAGCCCAAAGAGCAAGUAGAAGUCGAGGUAAAACCAAAAAUGUUACGACAAGGAAAAGGCGGAAAACCACCCCAAAGGCCCUUGACAGACGUAGGACAAAAAACAACAGCAAAAAUAAGAAGGAAGUGCCAAAAACAGAGCAAACUAAAGACUUCUCUGGAGAGGACACAGUCUCCAGUGUUUCUAAUGCAGAUGCUUUCUCUACGCUCCAAUCCACACAAACAAGAACUGAGGAUUGUGCGUCAAUCCAGGAAACCGGUGAAGUCUUUCCAGCCAAUCAGGUCCAAGGAAGCUCCACUGAUGUAGUGGCGGACGAGUCAGAGGAGAAGGAGGCCCUGUCCCCUCUCACGGACUGGAGUCAGAGCGGGUCAGUCCCAGGAGUCUCAAACGCUCCUCCAGGUUUAGUGGUUUACAAUAAACUGCAGGAGAAACCUUCGUCAGAACAAAACCAGUCACUGCUUGACCACAAAGAAUCCACUACCAACGCAAAGAUAUCAAAAUCUAGACCAACAAAAAGUGCUAUUCCAAAGUGCAAGAAGGUGAAAGGCAGAAAGAGUGAGACAGAAACUAAGAGCCCAACUUUGUCGGAGCCAAAUCUGGAAAGUUGCAAGCUGAUAGAGGACGGCCUGUCACCAGAACUGCCUCACAACAACUUUGACAUAAACGCCAUCGACCAGGCCGACCUGUGCUGCCCGUACAGCAGCAGCCAGUUCGUCCUCACCGACAAGAAUCUGCCUCUUAAGUUCCUGAGUGACGCCUCGCAGGACUGCCUCUCAGCCCAGACUCCCGUCUCUGAGAGGAACACCAGGACGGCGACUGUUGGAGAGGAGCUGAACAAAGUCUGUGAUCGUCUGGAGGAUUUCGACCGAGCGGAGCACACUGAGGUCCCAGGGAACACCUCAGACUCUGCUGAAGUCAAAAGCAAAGACUGCCCCUCUCUGGAUGCCAGCUCCCAAAGCCAUUUCCAGGACUUCCACUGUGAGAGAAAGGAGCUUCUCUUCUCUUCCCUGGAUCCGUUACCUCUGACCUCUGUGUCCUUCAUCGACGUCUCACCCACCAGUGACCUUCUGGAAGGCAUCGAUGGCCUGACCUCCAGCACGCCCAGCAGCUCGCCACGCUCUGUCAGUUCUCUGUCCCAGGCCAGAGCCAGUCCUCGGGGGACCAACAUCCUGAAGCCCCUCAUGUCUCCCCCCAGUCGAGAGGAACUCUGUGGGACACUCAAAGACUUGGAGAUGGCAGAGGCUGCUUUCGAAGAACCUUUCUGCAGCGAUCCGUCUGAUGUUCCAGAUAAACCCAUGCAAGUCGGGGGCCGUAAGCUCACAGUGGGCACCAGGCUGACCUCGGAGCUCUCAGAGUUCACCGGAGAGCUGUCUGUGGACGGCCUGCAUUUCUGGAAGACUGCUUUUUCUGCUAUGACUUUACCGUGUGGCACAGUGGGGCUCAAGACCAGGAGACCGACUCAGGCCUCAGACUCCGACAAAGAAGUGAUGCUGCUGCCCUGUAAAAGCCCCCCGAGCAGACAGAGUGUGCAGCUGUGGCUCGAGGCGCACAGACAACUCAGACUAUUGGAGAAAGGGAUCAAGACUUUGGAAGAACAAGAAGAUCCCCAGCUCCAGCCCGUUCCUGAAACCCAGUCCUCAUCGAGUUCAACACUUGUAGAAGCAGUUCAGUUUUCCAUCGAAGAAGACAUGGAUGUGAUUUCUCCCAACAGCCCUGAUCUUCCUCCGUGGCAGCAGAGAAACCCGGGCAGUCCCACCAACACUGGCCAGCAGUCCCCUCCCAGCUCGGUGCCUACGUUGAGUUCAACCGGUUCUCUCAGUGGCUUGAAUCCUUACAGCCCUCCUGCCAUUAAGAGGCCACUCAUCUGCAGCACACCCAUCUCUGAGCAUGAAGACGCUGGUGUGCAGAAGAGGAAGAGCCGAGCCAAACCUCUCCGCAGACUCAUCCUCAGCUCCCAGAUCAAGAACCAGUUUGCAGAUCUGAAUAAACCAAAAAAAAUUAACUCACAAAUUGAAGGUCCGAGCAUUGCUAAUUCGUACGGCUUCAAAGUGAGCAUCCAGAACCUGCAGGAGGCCAAAGCUUUGCAUGAGGUGCAAUACUUGACGCUGAUGAGCAUGGAGUUGCACGCACGUUCUCGCCGGGACCUGGAGCCAGACCCAGAGUUCGACCCCAUCUGUGCCUUGUUCUACAGCCUCAGCACGGACGCCCCCAGUGAGGGCCCCCCACUGAUCGGGGCCAUUGUCGUGGAAACGGAACAACAAAGCCACGCUCAAGGGCGUCGGGAGUGCGCCCCUCUCCUGGUUUGCUCUGGCGUGUCCGGUUUGCAGGUCACGUAUGUUCCCACGGAGCUGAAGCUGUUUGAGGAACUCGUUACAGUCGUCAAAAGGUGUGACCCCGACAUGCUGCUGGGGUAUGAGAUCCAGAUGCACUCCUGGGGGUACCUCCUCCAGCGCUCGUCGGCCCUGGGAGUGGACCUCUGUCAGCAGCUGUCUCGCAUCCCGGGAGACUCCAAAGACAACCGCUUUGCUGCUGAACGGGACGAGUACGGCGCUGACACCAUGACGGAGAUCCAUAUCGUGGGUCGUAUCGUUCUGAAUCUGUGGAGGAUCAUGAAAUAUGAGGUUGCACUAAAUAACUACUCCUUUGAGAAUGUGGCGUUUCAUAUUCUGCACCAGCGCUUCCCUCUGUUCAGCCAUCGCACUCUGUCCGACUGGUUUGAUCACACCACUCACCUCCACAGGUGGAAGAUGGUGGAUCACUAUGUGAGUCGGGUCCAAGGCUCCAUGCAGCUGAUCCAGCAGCAGGACAUAGUGGGCCGCACCAGUGAGCUGGCUCGAGUGUUUGGGAUCCAGUUCUACCACGUCCUGACUCGAGGAUCACAGUACCGGGUUGAGUCCAUGAUGCUGCGUGUGGCCAAGCCUCUGAACUACAUUCCCGUCACUCCGAGUAUCCAGCAGCGUGCCCAGCAGAGGGCGCCACAGUGCAUUCCUUUGGUCAUGGAGCCAGAGUCCCGCUUCUACAGUAACUCUGUGGUGGUUCUGGAUUUCCAGUCCCUCUAUCCUUCCAUUGUCAUCGCCUACAACUACUGCUACUCCACCUGCUUGGGCCACGUGGACAGUCUGGGAACGCCUGAUGAGUUUAAGUUCGGCUGCACGUCCCUCAGAGUCCCCCCUGACCUCCUCCAUCAGUUACGUCAUGAGAUCACCGUGUCUCCCAACGGGAUUGCUUUUGUCAAGUCAUCGGUGCGUAAAGGCAUCCUUCCCAGCAUGCUCGAGGAGAUCCUGAACACUCGCAUCAUGGUUAAACAAUCCAUGAAGACGUACAAGAACGACAAAGCCCUCUCGAGGCUGCUGCACGCGCGGCAGCUCGGACUCAAACUCAUUGCUAACGUCACUUUUGGCUACACCGCCGCCAACUACUCUGGCCGGAUGCCGAGUGUGGAGAUUGGAGAUAGCAUCAUUCACAAAGCCAGGGAGACGCUGGAAAGAGCAAUCAAGAUGGUGAACGAGACCAAGAAAUGGGGCGCGAGAGUGGUCUACGGAGACACAGACAGCAUGUUUGUGUUGCUGAAGGGAGUCACCAAAGAGCAGGCGUUUAAAAUUGGAAACGAGAUUGCGGAGGCUGUGACGGCCACCAACCCCAAACCAGUGAAGCUAAAGUUUGAAAAGGUCUAUCUCCCCUGCGUACUUCAGACCAAAAAGAGAUAUGUAGGAUAUAUGUACGAGAGCCUGGACCAGACGAAGCCUGUGUAUGACGCCAAAGGGAUCGAGACCGUGCGGCGAGAUGGAUGUCCUGCCGUUUCCAAGAUUCUAGAACGUUCCAUUAAGCUGCUGUUCGACACCCGGGACAUCAGUCGUGUGAAGCAGUUUGUGCAGCAGCAAUGUGUGAAGGUUCUGGAGGGCCGCGCCUCAGUCCAGGACCUGACCUUUGCCAAAGAGUACCGCGGCGCCGGAGCGUACCGACCAGGAGCCUGUGUGCCCGCACUGGAGCUCACCAGAGAGCCAGGGGCCAUCAGAGCCAGGGGCCAUCAGAGCCAGGGGGCCAUCAGAGCCAGGGGCCAUCAGCCAUCAGAGCCAGGGGCCAUCAGAGCCAGGGACCAUCAGAGCCAGGGACCAUCAGAGCCAGGGACCAUCAGAGCCAGGGGCCAUCAGAGCCAGGGGCCAUCAGAGCCAGGGGCCAUCAGAGCCAGGGGGCCAUCAGAGCCAGGGGGCCAUCAGAGCCAGGGGGCCAUCAGAGCCAGGGGGCCAUCAGAGCCAGGGGGCCAUCAGAGCCAGGGGGCCAUCAGAGCCAGGGGGCCAUCAGAGCCAGGGGGCCAUCAGAGCCAGGGGGCCAUCAGAGCCAGGGGGCCAUCAGAGCCAGGGGGCCAUCAGAGCCAGGGGGCCAUCAGAGCCAGGGGGCCAUCAGAGCCAGGGGGCCAUCAGAGCCAGGGGGCCAUCAGAGCCAGGGGGCCAUCAGAGCCAGGGGGCCAUCAGAGCCAGGGGGCCAUCAGAGCCAGGGGGCCAUCAGAGCCAGGGGGCCAUCAGAGCCAGGGGGCCAUCAGAGCCAGGGGGCCAUCAGAGCCAGGGGGCCAUCAGAGCCAGGGGGCCAUCAGAGCCAGGGGGCCAUCAGAGCCAGGGGGCCAUCAGAGCCAGGGGGCCAUCAGAGCCAGGGGGCCAUCAGAGCCAGGGGGCCAUCAGAGCCAGGGGGCCAUCAGAGCCAGGGGGCCAUCAGAGCCAGGGGGCCAUCAGAGCCAGGGGGCCAUCAGAGCCAGGGGGCCAUCAGAGCCAGGGGGCCAUCAGAGCCAGGGGGCCAUCAGAGCCAGGGGGCCAUCAGAGCCAGGGGGCCAUCAGAGCCAGGGGGCCAUCAGAGCCAGGGGGCCAUCAGAGCCAGGGGGCCAUCAGAGCCAGGGGGCCAUCAGAGCCAGGGGGCCAUCAGAGCCAGGGACCAUCAGAGCCAGGGACCAUCAGAGCCAGGGACCAUCAGAGCCAGGGGCCAUCAGAGCCAGGGGGCCAUCAGAGCCAGGGGGCCAUCAGAGCCAGGGGGCCAUCAGAGCCAGGGGGCCAUCAGAGCCAGGGGGCCAUCAGAGCCAGGGGGCCAUCAGAGCCAGGGAGCCAUCAGAGCCAGGGGGCCAUCAGAGCCAGGGGGCCAUCAGAGCCAGGGGGCCAUCAGAGCCAGGGACCAUCAGAGCCAGGGACCAUCAGGGCCAGGGACCAUCAGAGCCAGGGACCAUCAGAGCCAGGGACCAUCAGAGCCAGGGACCAUCAGAGCCAGGGACCAUCAGAGCCAGGGCCAGGGACCAUCAGAGCCAGGGACCAUCAGAGCCAGGGACCAUCAGAGCCAGGGACCAUCAGAGCCAGGGACCAUCAGAGCCAGGGACCAUCAGAGCCAGGGACCAUCAGAGCCAGGGACCAUCAGAGCCAGGGCCAGGGACCAUCAGAGCCAGGGACCAUCAGAGCCAGGGACCAUCAGAGCCAGGGGGCCAUCAGAGCCAGGGGGCCAUCAGAGCCAGGGGGCCAUCAGAGCCAGGGGGCCAUCAGAGCCAGGGGGCCAUCAGAGCCAGGGGGCCAUCAGAGCCAGGGGGCCAUCAGAGCCAGGGGGCCAUCAGAGCCAGGGGGCCAUCAGAGCCAGGGGGCCAUCAGAGCCAGGGGGCCAUCAGAGCCAGGGGGCCAUCAGAGCCAGGGGGCCAUCAGAGCCAGGGGGCCAUCAGAGCCAGGGGGCCAUCAGAGCCAGGGGGCCAUCAGAGCCAGGGGGCCAUCAGAGCCAGGGGGCCAUCAGAGCCAGGGGGCCAUCAGAGCAGGGGCCAUCACUACAGAAGGGUUUGGCCUCUUGUGUUCAGGAGGAUGAUGACGUACGACCGGCGGCGGGAGCCCAGGGUGGGCGAGCGUGUGCCGUACGUGAUCGUGUACGGCGUGCCCGGUCUGCCUCUGAUCCAGCUGGUGCGGCGGCCCCUGGAGGUGCUACAGGACCCCAGCCUGCGCCCCAACGCCACCUACUACAUCACCAAACAGAUCCUGCCUCCCGUCGCACGCAUCUUCCAGCUGAUCGGAGUGGACGUGUUCAGCUGGUACCAGGAGCUGCCCCGAGUCCAGAAGGCUUGGUGCUCGUCGGCAGCAGGUGGCGCCGCAGAGACCGGGAGGAAAGGCACCAUCUCCCAAUACUUCACCACACUCCACUGUCCCGUCUGUGAGCAGCUCACACAGCUGGGCGUGUGUGCGAGCUGCAGAGAGCAGCCCCAGCGUGUGGCGGUCACUCUGUGGUCAGACCUGAGGGACGGUGAGCGGCAGCACGACGCUCUGCGGCAGCUCUGUCGCUCCUGCAGUGGCUGCUCGGAGCCUCAGGUUCCCUGCGUCUCUCUGGAUUGUCCUGUUCUGUACAAACUGUCUGGAGUCAGCAGAACGUUGGCGAGGGCGCCCUACAUCCGACAGCUGCUGGAGCAGUUCUGA